AAAUAUUCAGAGAGAUUGGAGGUAUCCCUAAACUAAAAGUGUAAAAAAGGCCACACACACGACCCCUCAACCCAAACCAAAUCGUCCCUUAUCCUUCCCAAGGCCAAGCCGGCAAAAGAGCUGGGCCACCGAAAUUGCCGCAUUGAUUUGAUUUGUGUAUAUGUGAGUUUUGUCUGAACUGCAUUCUCUUCUCUAUGACCGUGUGUCGUCAUAUUCAUUAAAAAAAGAAAAGAAAACCAAGUUACUUACCUCGUUUUUUCCUUUCUUAGAAAUUAGUUGUAUUCUCAUUUCGAGUCUGGUAUAUUGACUUUGUAUUUGUUAGUCUUCCUCAAUAGAUCACAAUCACAAUUACAAUUACAAUCACAGUCACAAUCAGUUUCAAAUUCAGAAUCAAAUGGCCUUUCCAUUACAAUAGAAAGGCCGUUUCAAUUUGACUACUACUAGUGGUAGUAGUAUUAGUCAUAAUUUAAAGUCUGAUAAGAAUUAUCGGAGUGGUUUUUGGGAAAACGAACAUCGACUCAGAUCAGAUGGACGCAGCAAAGCCCACAAGAACUGACACUCAAAACCAAAAUCAAAACCAACGGCGUCCUAAUCUGAAUCCCAACCCCAACCCCAACAGCAAGAACAAGAAGAAGAAAGGUGGACCCAUUUCCAUGGAUCACGUGCUUCUGGCAUUGCAGGAGACCAAGGACGAGAGGGAUCUCAGAAUCCGAGCUCUGUUCGAUUUCUUCGAUGCUGCCAACCUGGGAUACUUGGACUAUCCCCAGAUCGAGGCUGGACUCUCGGCUCUCCAAAUACCCUCACACUACAAGUACGCCAAGGAUCUCUUCAAGGUUUGUGACGCCAACAGAGACGGCAGGGUUGAUUACCAUGAAUUCCGUCGCUACAUGGACGAUAAGGAGCUCGAGCUCUAUCGCAUCUUUCAGGCCAUUGAUGUCAAACACAGUGGCUGCAUUCUUCCCGAAGAGCUCUUGGAUGCGCUUCUUAAGGCUGGAAUUGAGAUUGAUGAUGAAGAACUUGCACGUUUUGUGGAGCACGUUGAUAAGGACAAUAAUGGAAUUAUCACUUUUGAAGAGUGGAGAGAUUUUCUUCUACUCUAUCCACAUGAAGCUACUAUUGAAAAUAUAUAUCAGCAUUGGGAAAGGGUAUGCCUUGUAGACAUAGGAGAACAGGCUGUCAUUCCUGAGGGCAUCAGUAAGCAUGUUCAUCGAGGCAAAUAUUUUAUUGCAGGAGGAAUAGCAGGGGCCACUUCUCGUACUGCAACUGCUCCUCUUGAUCGCCUGAAGGUGGUUUUACAAGUUCAGACAACACGUGCUUCUAUUGUCCCAGCUAUAAUGAAGAUAUGGAAGGAGGGAGGUUUCUUGGGGUUUUUCCGAGGUAAUGGCUUGAAUGUUGUGAAGGUUACACCAGAAAGUGCCAUCAAGUUUUAUGCUUAUGAAAGUUUAAAGAAUGUCAUUGGAGAUGGUAGAGGGAAAGACAAAGGUGAUAUUGGUGCUUCUGGAAGACUUUUGGCUGGUGGUAUGGCAGGUGCGGUUGCACAAUCUGCUAUCUAUCCAUUGGACCUUGUGAAAACUCGCUUACAAACUUGUGAAUGUGAAGGUGGGAAGGUUCCUAAGCUUGGGAAACUGACAAAAGAUAUAUGGGUUCAGGAGGGACCUCGAGCCUUUUACAAAGGUCUUGUACCAUCACUUUUGGGGAUAAUCCCUUAUGCUGGCAUUGAACUUGCUGCCUAUGAGACCUUGAAAGAUAUGUCAAAGACAUAUAUUCUUCAAGAUACAGAACCUGGCCCUCUUGUGCAACUAGGUUGUGGGACAAUUUCAGGAGCACUUGGAGCAACAUGUGUUUACCCCUUGCAGGUUAUUCGAACAAGAAUGCAAGCUCAACGUUCUAAUGCUGCUGCUGCUUAUAAGGGAAUGUCUGAUGUAUUUUGGAGAACCCUUCAACAUGAAGGUUAUAGAGGUUUCUACAAAGGACUCUUUCCGAAUCUCCUCAAAGUUGUGCCAGCAGCAAGCAUUACCUAUUUGGUUUAUGAAACAAUGAAGAAUAGACUAGAUCUUGAUUAGGUAGUGCUGCAGUUUUGCCCAAAUGGUAACUAAGCUUAUUCCAGAGUAGGAAAUGGUGGUGCUGUUGAUGAUGAAGAUAAAAAAGAAUAGGAUAAUUAAUCAGGUAGGUCAUAUGAUCAUUUGAGCUAUAUUAUAUAUUGUAAUCCCUGUCAGUGUACAGGGCACAUAAUUUUGUAUUCAGAUAGUUUUUUCCCAUGCUUAUCUGAAUUAACUGUUGAGGAACAUUUUGAAGUCUGACUGCAAGGUGAAAGAUAUAUCCUACUCGUUCUUUUUCUAUGCU